GUGACACAGACACACAUGUACACGUACAAGUCUGAGUUCCUCUUCUCAGACCAGUCUGCUUUUAAUGAGUUAAGAUUAAGUUGCUGUAGGACAUCAUCUCUGAUUGAUAACUCAUUGAAGACAGUGGAUUUUAGUAAAGCAAAACAUCAUUAACAGCUGCUGAAUUCUCCUGGCUGACUGCAGACGGAAGAGACUGUAUUUAUGGCUCAAUAUGAUCAACUUGAGGAUAAAGAUUCGCUGGAUAUUCAUGAUAACCCUCCAGCUCCAGACAAUGUUGUAAAGGAGGAUGACAACACUGUUUAUUUUGUGUAUGAUGAAGAGGUGGAGGAAGAAGAGGCCCCUCCUCCUCCAACCCCUGAACCUGUAGUUCAGGUCAAUGACAGACCACACAAAUUUAAGGACCACUACUGCAAGAAACCCAAGUUUUGUGAUGUCUGUGCACGAAUGAUUGUUCUCAAUAAUAAAUUUGCCUUGCGCUGCAAAAACUGCAAGACCAACAUUCACCACUCGUGCCAAUCAUAUGUGCAGUUCCAGAGGUGCUUUGGCAAAAUACCUCCUGGUUUUAGACGGGCGUACAGCUCUCCUCUCUACGAUCAAGAGAUCAAUAACCCUGGUCAGCAGAACCGCACUGAUCCGGUGUUUGAAACACUGAGAGUGGGUGUGAUCAUGGCCAAUAAAGAGAGGAAGAAAGGCUCUGAGGACAAAAAGAAUGUAAGUGUUCACAUUCUACUGACAGGAAUUAUCAAUGUUCCUGAGCUCUUCCUGUUAUAAAGAUAAUAUAAUGAAUGUAUCUUUUCUUAAGAUG